AUGUCCGGUCACAUGCCUCGGAAGUGGACGCCCGAAUCGCAGGAGCACAAGGCCGACUCCUCCUCGUGCUGCUGCGUGGCGGUGACCUUCACCUUAACAUCACAAGGUGUCGCGCCAACCGAGCGCGACUGCAUAUACAUUCCCCUCGACCUGUGUCAGCACUACCAGGAGAAUGCCAUCUCCGUGCCAUGGCUGGACGUCGACCUGUCGCACGGAUGGCAUUUGAAUCCGGAUAUGGUUCUAAUAUCGUUGGUGCCGGGAACAGGACACGCACGAGAGAUCGAUUUGUUGGAGAAUCCGGCGAUUGAAGAUGUCGUGGUGCUGUCGGUGGUGCUGGACGAAGUGAAGAAUAAGAACCUCUCCGUGUACAACAGGCUCAAGACCCUGUGCACCAACACGGCUCGGAGGUUCUUCGUGUUCACCAACGAGCACCACAGGGAUACUUAUGUCAAGGAGAUGGUUGGAGAGAGCCCAAAUGAUCGUAAUGAUAGAGCAAUCCGUGUUGCUGCUCGUUGGUACCAGAGUCACCUCGGUGACAGUGCCAAAGUGUUGCUGGUCACAAAUGAUAGAGAUAACAAACGGAAAGCUACUGAAGAAGGCCUAAACGCAGAGACAGUUGAGUCAUAUGUACGAUCGCUUGCGCAGCCUGGUUUGCUCGAUUUGGUGGUUGUCCCAAGUAGCGGAGAUGUUGCCAUGGAAGAUGUAGAAGAUCUUAGACCAUCCAAAAGGAAAAUAGUUUACAAUGAGCAUAAACCUAUGUCGGAAAUUACAUCUGGUCUGCGCUGUGGAAUUUAUCAUCAAGGGAAGCUUCGAGUUAAUCGUUACAAUCCAUUUGAAGCAUAUGUCGGUAGUGAGAGCAUUGGGGAUGAGAUUAUUAUCCGUGGGAGUUCAAAUAUGAACAGGUCCUUUGACGGAGAUAUAGUUGCUGUAGAACUCUUGCCACAGGAUCAGUGGCAUGAUUCGAAGUCAUUUAUUGCUGAUGAUGAUGAAGAUGAUAAUGAAGAUGAUGUCCGGUUGGUUCCAAAUAGUGCUGAUGAUGCUCCACGAAACACAAAUUCCAUGCAAUCAACAGUUGGAUCAUCAGCUGCUUCUGUCCCCAGUCGUCCAGUUGGGCGUGUUGUUGGUAUCAUCAAGCGGAAUUGGAAUUCGUAUUGUGGAUCAUUGGAGCCAAUGCCCAUGCCUGCUGGUAGCGGGGGCGUUGCUCAUGCUCUCUUUGUGUCAAAAGAUCGAAGAAUUCCUAAGAUCCGGAUUCAAACUAGACAACUUGGGAAUCUUUUAAAUAAAAGGAUUAUCGUUGCAGUUGAUUCAUGGGAUGUCAUGUCUCGAUACCCAUCAGGACACUAUGUUGUCCUAAUAGAGAAUGAUAUUAACACAAGACCUUUCUCUACACAAGUCCUUGCUUGUUUGCCGCCUUUGCCUUGGACAUUGUCACCUGAGGAUGUGGCUAAUCCUAAUAGGCAAGACUUGCGGCAUGUGAGAGUUUUUAGUGUGGAUCCACCUGUUCUUGUGUCCAGGGUUCAAACUAUUUUAUCUCUGCUCUUGACCUUGGGUAUCGACAGCUAUAUUGCUGAUGUCACUAAUUUUGUCCAUCCUGGUACCCCUCUUGAUGAGGAGGCCUCUCAAAGGGCAACUUCUGUUUAUCUUGUUGGACAACGAAUUGACAUGCUGCCGAAGCCUCUAACUGAAGAUGUUUGUUCCCUUCGUGCUGAUGUUGAGAGGCUGGCAUUCUCCGUCAUUUGGGAAAUGACACCUGAUGCUGAUAUCAUAUCUUCAAGAUACACAAAGAGUGUUAUAAAGUCUUGUGCUGCAAUGUCUUAUGUGGAAGCCCAAGCAAGAAUGGAUGACAGCCGUUUGGUCGAUCCACUGACUGUAGACUUGCGGAACUUAAAUUCAUUAGCAAAGAUAAUGAGAAAUCGACGUUGCGAAAGAGGGGCCCUGACUCUUGCUUCAGCAGAAGUUAAAUUCGAAAUUGACAGUGAAACUCAUGAUCCCCUUGACAUAGGAAUAUAUCAAAUUCGUGAGGCAAACCAAAUGAUUGAAGAGUUUAUGUUGGCAGCAAAUGUUUCUGUUGCUGAGAAGAUUUUGCAGCACUACCCCUUGUGUUCAUUGCUACGGCGUCAUCCUAGUCCAACAAAGGAGAUGCUUGAGCCAUUACUCCGUACUGCCUCCUCUGUUGGCCUAAGUCUAGACGUAUCAUCCUCAAAAGCAUUAGCUGAAUCACUUGAUAAUGCGAAGAGAGAUGACCCGUACUUCAACAAGCUUAUCCGGAUUUUGGCAACUAGAUGCAUGACACAAGCAGUUUACUUUUGCAGUGGAGAUUUGAGCUUGUCUGAGUAUUAUCAUUAUGGGCUUGCAUCUGCUCUGUAUACUCAUUUCACUUCUCCUAUUCGCAGAUACGCAGAUGUUGUGGUGCAUAGGUUGCUAGCUGCUGCUCUAGAUAUUGCGAAACUUCCACCAGUCUUCCAGGAUGGUCCACAACUCACAGGCAUCGCCGACAACUUGAAUUAUAGGCACCGAAAUGCCCAAAUGGCAAGCAGAGCAUCGGUUGAGCUCCACACUCUCAUAUAUUUCAGGACAAGGCCCGUGGAUACUGAAGCUAGAAUAGUAAAGAUCAAGGCAAAUGGUUUCAUAGUCUUCGUCCCAAAGUUUGGCAUAGAAGGGCCCAUCUAUCUUACGGCGAAGGGAGACAAAGGGGCUGACUGGGUAGUAGACGAGGUUCACCAGAAAGUAACCAAGCCUGGAACAAACAUAAGCUAUGCUGUGUUGCAGAGUGUUAUGAUCCAUAUGGAAGUGGUGGAGCCUCAGCCCCACCGCCCCAAGCUGCAGCUCACCCUCAUAUGA